AUGGGCCCGGCCGAUGGGACUUGUUUGCUGCGCUUGCGCGUUCGACACCAGCGGCCCCAGCCAGAGAAGCAAAAGACUCUGAGUGGCAUAGACGACUGGUAUCGUCGUGGUGUUGAUACGUCAAAGGUCGCUAAAAAAUGGAAACCCGGUUCCUGUGAGAACUGUGGCGCUGAAGACCACAUAAAGAAAGACUGCUUCGACAGACCUCGGAAAGUAGGUGCGCGCUGGAAUAACAAAAACAUAGCACCCAACAGUUUUGCGCAACCGAGCUUGUCAACGGACUAUGAUGGAAAGCGCGACCGAUGGGCAGGUUACGAUCCUGCAGAGCAUCGCGCUAUCGUCGAGGAAUACCAGAAGAUUGAGGAUGCCAAGAGAGAGAUACGUGCUGAGAAGCUGAACACUGGAGAAGACGACGGUGGCCAGGACUCCGACAAAGAUGAGGACAAAUACGUCGACGAAGUUGACAUGCCUGGGACUAAAGUUGACUCCAAGCAACGUAUUACUGUCCGUAAUUUGCGAAUCCGUGAAGACACUGCCAAGUAUUUGCGUAAUUUGGAUCCAAACUCGGCUUACUAUGAUCCUAAGACGCGUUCUAUGAGAGACAACCCUUAUGAUGGAAAGAGUGCCGAGGUGGAUUAUCAAGGAGAGAACUUUGUAAGGUUCACUGGUGACACCUCCAAGCAUGCAAACGCUCAGCUGUUUGCUUGGGAUGCCUAUGAGAAGGGUGUUGAUGUUCAUUUGCUUGCUGAGCCCACCAAGUUGGAAUUAUUGAAGCAGGAGUAUGACAAAAAGCGUGACGAGCUGAAGAAUGAAGUUAAGUCUAGUAUUAUCGAGCGUUACGGAGGCGAGGAACAUCUGAAGCAGCCAGAUCUCGACCUGGUGUCAGCACAAUCCGAACACUACGUUGAAUAUUCCCGGAGUGGAAAAGUUAUAAAAGGUCAAGAGAAACAGAUUAUUCGCUCGAGGUACGAAGAAGAUGUCUUUAUGCAUAACCAUACGUCGGUCUGGGGCUCCUGGUGGUCUAAAGGACAGUGGGGAUACAAAUGCUGUCAUUCCUAUUCUAAGAAUUCUUAUUGCACUGGUGAAGCUGGAAUUGCUGCUGCUGCUGAAGCAGCUCAGAAUGUGACUGCUCCGUCGAGAUCCGGGGAAGUUGACGAGAAAGAAGAACCAAAGAAGAAGAGUAAAAAACAAAAGGAUGAAUCGAGUUCCAGUGAUUCGUCAUCAUCGUCUGAAGAUGAGGAGGACGAGGAGGAAAAGCUAGAAAAUACAUCCAAGAGUGAGCGUAAGAGUUCAGCUAAAAAAGAAAAGCGGAAGCGGCAUAAGGAGAAUCUAAAGCACAAGAAGAAGCUCAAACGUGCUUUGAAAAAAGAAGAGGAACAUCAAAGGGAAGUUGAUAGGCUCAUGACAAUCGACGAGAGGAAAAGACCGUAUAAUUCCAUGUACCAGGUCAAGGAGCCUACUGCUGAAGAAUUGGAGGCUUUCCAGAUGAAGCGGAGACUUGAAGAAGAUCCCAUGUUGCAAUUUAACUUAUAUCUGUUAAUUUCACCUGGAGCUUUUUUACCUUACUCUUGA